GCCUUCAAGCUCAAGCCCAAGCUCCCGACUACCGCAGCGGAGCAUCAAUGGCGGCGCUGUCCAAGUCGCAGGCGGCGUCGGGCGCGGCCUCCAUCGCGUCGCUCGUGGCGCUGGCCGUGGCCAUCCGCGCGCACGGCCAGCAGAAGGCCAACGCGGCCGGGCGCCUGGACUCGGAGUUCAUGACCAAGAAGCACGGCGGCCGCCACAAGGUGGCGGUGAACCGCGAGUUCGCGCGCCGCUUCCUGCGGCUGUUCAAGGUGAUCGUUCCCGGGCCGUGCACGGCCGAGGUGGGCUUCGCCGCGCUCGUGGCCGCCAUGCUCGUGGCCCGCACGUCCUUCGACAUCGUGGUGCUGCACACGUUCACGGCCAUCGAGCGCGCCAUCAUCUCGCGCUCGCAGGCGGACUUCGCGCGCCACCUGCGGCGCUUCGUGGCCAUCAUGCUGCCCAUGUCGUGCGUCAACUCGCUGCUCAAGUACGGCCACACGGAGCUGAGCCUGCGCUUCCGCACGCGGCUCACCAAGCACCUCUACGCGCAGUACGUCAAGGGCUUCGUCUACUACAAGGUGUCCAACCUGGACAACCGCAUCUCGAACGCCGACCAGCUGCUCACGGUGGACGUGGAGCGCUUCAGCAACUCGGUGGCCGACCUCUACUCCAACAUGUCCAAGCCCCUGCUGGACAUCGCCAUCUACGCCGUCAAGCUGUCCAGCACGAUUGGGGUCGAGGGCCCCGUGAUCAUGCUCAGCUACCUUGUGGCCUCGGGCUUCUUCCUCACGUGGCUCCGACAGCCCACGAGCCGCUUCACCAUCGCCGAGCAGCAGAUGGAGGGCAACUUCCGCUUCAUGAACUCGAGGCUCAUCACGCACAGCGAGGAGAUCGCCUUCUACAACGGCAACGUGCGCGAGAAGCGCAUCCUGGACCAGUCCUUCAGCCGCCUCAUCGACCUCGUGCGCAGCUCGCAGCAGUUCCGCUUCUCCAUGAGCGUCAUCGACAACAUCGUGGCCAAGUACUUGGCUACGGUCGUGGGCUACGCCGUGCUGUCCAAGCCCUUCCUGGACAUGAACAACAAGCGGCUCGAGCACACCACGUACGCUGAACGCAUGGAGGACUACUUCCGCUCGGGCAAGAUGCUGCUCAAGAUGUCGGAGGCCAUGGGCCGCCUCGUGCUGUCCGGCCGCGAGCUCACGCGUCUCGCAGGCUUCACGGCCCGCGUGACGGAGAUGAUCGACGUGCUGACCGACCUGGACCAGGGCAAGUACCAGCGCACGAUGCUCAAGGCCGAGGACGACGACCUGUCGGACGAACCCGAGGCGCAGUCCACGUCGGCGGAGUCGCUGGGCCUGUACCCGAACAAGGGCGAGCUCCAGUACCGCGACCACGUGAUCCACUUCGAGGAUGUCCCGCUCGUGACCCCCAAUGGCGACGUGCUGGUGCCGUCGCUCAACAUCAAGGUCAAGUCGGGCAUGAACGUCGUUGUGGCAGGCCCCAACGGAUGCGGCAAGAGCUCGCUGUUCCGAAUCCUGGGCGAGCUCUGGCCCAUGUUCGGCGGCAAGCUGACCAAGCCGGAGCGCAACGGCCUGUUCUACAUUCCGCAGCGACCGUACCUGACGCUGGGCUCGCUUCGUGACCAGAUUAUCUACCCUCACUCGCUCAAGGAGAUGCGGGCGUCGGGCCGGACGGAUGAAGACUUGAUGCACUUCCUGGAGAAGGUUCAGCUCGGCUACCUCGUGGACCGCGAAGGCGGGUGGGACGUCAUUCACGACUGGGCCGAUGUGCUGUCGGGCGGUGAGAAGCAGCGCGUGGCCAUGGCCCGGUUGUUCUACCACAAGCCGCAGUUCGCCAUCCUGGACGAGUGCACGUCUGCUGUCAGCGUCGACGUGGAGGGCGCCAUGUACAGCUACUGCCGCGAGCAGAACAUCACGCUCUUCACCGUGUCGCACCGCAAGUCGCUGUGGACGUACCACGAAUACGUGCUUCGGUUCGACGGCCGUGGCCACUACGAGUUCAAGAAAAUAGACGAGGCCGACGAAGCUUUCGGCUCUUAAAGCGCAACAGUCAACUGAACUAUACGGCUGCAGAUCGCCCAGCCUGUGUAUUUGUCCCCACUUUCCCGGUUAAAACCCGCAAACAUGCUAAUGCAACUUCCGCUC